AUGGCCAGCAACGUCGAGGUAUCUGCAUCUCUCGAGCCCGUCGGGGCAAGAGCAAGAUCCGCACCAAACGAAGCUACUCGCCAGUACCAGGCGAAUGGUGCCGCCAUCCUUGCUGUGUGCUCAGGUGCGUAUGGUGCCCAGAUCUUGCAGAGAGACCAACUGUCUCAUCGGAUCAGCGCUGUUGCACCGCCGGUACCUUCAGCCAGCACUGCCACUGUUCAGGCUAACUCUGACCCAUACGAUCCAUUCUUCAUCCCUCUCCCGAUCCUCUUCGAAACUCCUGUGUCUCCACAGCCGGGCUCAGCAUUGCUCCAACUGCCAGACGAGAUCCUUACGUUGAUCAUGCAGCAAGUCAAAAUCCCAUACUUCCAAGUCUGCUUCGCCUUGACCUGCAAGGCCAUGGGCCGAAUUGCCAGCAUGAAGAAUCUCUUAUCCCCGUGGCGCGGAUAUCGAGACAAGGAUGGGUUGUUUCGCCUGUUGGAAAGAAAGCAUUACAUACCGCAACAGCUGAGACUUUGUCGCGCUUGUUUCCUUUUCCUCCCCCGCGACCGCGGCCACUGGACUCGAAUUCUGGCGGAACCCGAGUUCGACAACAAGUACGCAAAUUGGUGUGACAUUCUCAACUGGUUCGAUCCCAAAUCGUACUCGCAGCAUCGAUGUCCGCGUUGUUGCAUCCGUGUGUACACCAGUUACAUGAGUGAGGAGUGUUAUGAGACCGAUACCGGGGACAAGGGCGUCAGCAACGGAAAGAGAAUUUGUCCGGAAUUGGUGAGGCGAAUGAACAAACCCUAA